AUGGAUAUUGUAAAUCGUUCCCGUUUUGAUCAGAAACCAUCUAGAGGAAACAUUAAAUCCAAAGAGGAAGAAUUCCGUAUACGAAGAAGAAAACUGUACAGACUUGCCACUGAAGAAAAUUUAUUGUUUCCAUUUCAAAACAAGAAUUUCUAUAGCCACGUUAUGGAAAAUAAGGAAAUUAUUAAAAUGCUAUCAUUAUUGUCUACGUGUACUUUAAAUAUGAAGCAGGAUAUUAACCAUUAUUUAAUUAAAUGGAGGCCUUAUAAUAUUUUAUGGAAAAAUGAAAAAUCUACCAGAGAGUUGCUUAACGCCCAAUUAUUGGAAUUCGAAACAUCUUUACGAAAACAUGAAGAAUUAAAUGAUAAAACAGUAAUGGAGCCUAAAGUGUUUGUAAUUGCUAACUGUUUAGCUAUUUCCACGGAAAAUCUUAAAUUUGGACUAACCACUGAAAUUAAAUUAUGCUCAUACAGAAUUGGCCAAGCUAUGAAAAAAAAAUACAAGAGAGAAAUGGAUUAUGUGUAUGCUGUAAUUAAUGAAAUGGAAAGAAAAUUGGAUCGCACCAUUAGAGAUUUAGACGAUGUUCGUUUAAUAAUGGAGACAUUAAAAAAAAUUCGAGAACAAGAGGUUGAGAUGGAAUUAAAAAUUGACCCAAUAGAGGUUGAAAACGGUGAAACUUAUUGGAACUUGCCUGUAUGA